ACGGAAUUGUGUCCUUAGUUGUAUAAGCUACCUACAAUGCUAAGUCCGACCGACAGGGGAAAUGAACCUUCGGUAGUUCGUGCUCUAUCCACAGAUUUUCCCCCCCCUUUUGCCAUUUUUCGAUUUCGUCCCAUCGUCCUUGUGCUAUCGUUUUUGAUCGAGUUUUUUGUUCUGUUAUUCUAUUAUCUCGUUAUUCUUUUUUUGUUUCGUUUUUGUUCCACGAGCUGCAUCGAUCGUAUGUACUAUUCCCGUACAGAAAACCAUUCCUCUACCAUCUCAGCUACCAGAUAGCAUACCAUGGCCAUGCUAGUACUCCUUUGAACGCUAAGAAACGUCUAUACCGUCGCCACUUAAUUUCACCAUCUUCCAAAAAAGAAUACUCAUUGCAAAAAUUGAGUCCUCGCUUCUUUAAAACCAAACGAUGAUUGGUGUACUUGCCUCCACUUGUUCCAUUUCAUUCCAUGCCCAGCUCUCAACAUUGAACGGCUGAAUGUUGAAAGGCUUGAAAGCCAUUCCAAAAAUACGCUUAGUUUUCCCGAGUUUGCUGCUUUCCCAAUCUCAAUGCUGCAACCAUUAGACAUUUUAUACUUCAGACUCAUACCCCCGUCCCCGUUCAUCUGUAUCUCUGAUCGCCCUGUCUGUCCAAUCCGCGCAGGAAAGUACGAUAUCAAGCAGAAGUACGGCAUGGUCAGGGAGCGCGUACCGGUCGUGUUUUCCGAUCCGGAGGAGGAAGCCCGCCAGGCACUGCUGCUGGCGGAGGCGCGUGCCCGGGCCGGCGUUCCGGAACGUUCCAUUUUGCGUCCAUCGGCGCCAACACCAGGCACAACCUCAGGUCGUUCGUUGUUCAACGGGCUAGGUAACACGGCAGCAGGCGCAUCAGCUACAGCAGCAGCAGCAACAGCAUGAGUUGAACUCUUUACUCGUUUUUGAUGGGCUGUCACCACUUUCGUUUCGUAUCGUGCACAGUGUUUUCGGUGUUCUGCAGCGUAGUGCUCCGCUCCCGUAGUCUGGAUGUUUUGUUUCCUAACGACGCUAGGUGGCACCUUAGAUGUUCUUCCAUUCUUUCUUUAUCAGUUUGCUCCUCUCACUAGCAAUUGCCUGAUUGAACUAGAUCAGUUACUGUUUUGGGUAACUAAUAAUUUGCCACCACCUAUAGCGUAGCGCUAAACGUUGCCGUAAACAACUCCCUGUUAGCGAUGUGUAGUGUGCCGAAGCAGCCUUCGCAGUUCGCACUCUUCUGUCGCAUGGCGGGUGGGCUCUGUGAGUUUUCUUUUUCUGGCAUGUCACGCGUUUUGGUGACGUGUCAUCGCUCACAGUCACAUACCUUCCAAACACGUAGUCAGAUAUCUAUUAGUAUGUUUGCAACAAGAGCCUAUCCCCAUGCCCUUUCCUAACCCUACCUUGCUCCCUUGUCCGUACGCGCACACCGAACGAACGCUUGUGCGUGAAUUGGAUUACUACCGUACCAGGUACCUACAGGGGGACCCCUAUUGGUGUAUAUACUAAAAAUCGUGAUGUUCGUGUCGAUGUAGUCUGCACAGUCUGUUGCGUCCUGUCUUCACCGUUGUAUCACACAUCACUGUGCCACUCAUUCGAUGGUUGUCGUCGUCGUUGUGGUCGUCGUCGUUGUGGUCGUCGUCGUACUCCGUUGUCUACUACCUUUGAUGUUAGAGCUAGUAUAUGGAUAAGGACUUGCUACCAUCCCGUAACCUCUAUACAAGCAUUUUUCAUUAAAUCCUCCUUUUUCCCUUUUCUUAAACAUCCCACCUCCCGCCUUGCCAUUCCUCAACACCGCUCAUUUC